ACGAGCUCAGAGGCGCGCCCAGCCAAGCCAAGCCAAGCCAAGGCGAAGGCGGGCCGGGGGUGGGUCAGGGGCCGGCGCUCCCCACCCCGUGGGCCGGGCCGGGCCUGGGGAAAGAGGCGGCGCUGCGGGUCCGGCUUCCGUAAAGCCCAGAGCUGGGGCUGAGCUGCCGGCCUUGCUGGCUGCGCCAUGGAGCUGCGGAUCCUGGAGACCCGCGUGCGGGUCCUGAGCCUGGCUCGCCGCGGCCUCUGGCUCUACACGCACCCGCUGCUCAAGAUGCUGCUCCUGCCCCAGCGCAGCAGGUUUUUCAGCUUAACGGAGACACCUGAAGACUACACUAUCAUGUUGGAUGAAGAUGGCUUCAAAGAGCUUCACGCCUCUGAGUACCUACAAGUGGUGGAUUCCACCUGGCUAGUGCUUAACGUCUCGUCGAACGGCAGCGCCUCCCUCAACAACCAGCCAAUAGGCGUCACCAAGAUUGCAAAAUCCGUCAUCGCACCCCUGGCCGAACACAACGUUUCCGUCUUAAUGCUGUCCACCUAUCAGACUGAUUUUAUUUUGGUACGGGAGAAGGAUCUGCCUGUGGUCAUCCAUACCCUGGCCGGCGAAUUUGACAUUUAUGAGGAGGUGAAUGGAGAACUGGGCCCUGCCAACUGUGAAGACAUAAGCAACGGGUUCCACAAGGCAAAACAAGAGUUCAACGCCACGGUGCAUCCCAUUCAGACUCCUCAGAAUAGAUUCUGCAUUCUCAGCAUCGCGCCCGAAACCUUGCCAGCCAUUGCCACGAAGCUCAUCGAUGUCCUGUUCUACUCAGCCAGCCCACCAAAAGAUGCAGCUGCUAACAACCAGGAGUCCAUUACGUUCUUUGCCUUCUCACUGAUUGAGGGCUACAUCUCCAUCGUCAUGGAUGCCGAGACCAAGAAAAAGUUCCCUAGCGACCUGCUGUUGACCAGUUCCUCAGGGGAAUUGUGGAGGAUGGUCAGAAUUGGUGGGCAGCCCCUGGGCUUCGAUGAAUGUGGGAUCGUGGCCCAGAUUGCUGAACCCCUGGCCAGCGCGGACAUCUCUGCCUAUUACAUCAGCACCUUCAACUUUGACCACGCCUUGGUUCCAGAAGACGGCAUUGGCGAGGUCAUUGAAGUGCUCCAGAAACGCCAGGAGGCUGGGAGAUAACCGCCCCUGGGCUCCCUUGGCCUCAGGUUCUGGGUUUCAAAAGCCACGAACUGACGGAUCUGGUCCAGCCUUACUCCCCACGGAUGUUCCUGGAGAGAAUGAGAAAGAGAGAGAGAGAAAGAGAGAGAGAGUGCCUGGGAGCCCAGCUCCUCUGCAAGCCAAAUGAUCUUUCUCGGGACUCGUCUUUGCUUGGAGGAUAUUCCUAACAUUCUCCCCUUCCAUUUCUCCCAGGGGGGGCGGAGAAACACGUGCCUUGUUGUCCCAAUUCUCCAGGUUGACCAACAGGGAUGGAAUUCUCUAGGUAGAUUUCAGUGUUACUGCUUCUUCUUCCGGUUAGCUCAGCCGUCUUCGCGUUCCUUGAUUAUCUGCCAUCUCUAAAGACUCUCAGACAAAGACCCUCGGACACAACGAACCCUGCUUCUCGGUCAGGAAGGAGCGGUUUUCUUCUCGUUCUCUCUCUAAUUUUGCACAUAUCCUGAGAUUUCUAAAAGCGUCCUUGGGGGGGGGGGCAAGGUGACUUAAUUAGAAUGGCCCUCCGUGCCCCGCAAUGAAAGGAUGGGUGUUUUCCAGAAACGAUGUUCUCUAGAUCAGGGGUCUCCAACCUUGGCAACUUUAAGACUUGUGGACUUCAACUCCCAGAGCUCCUCAGCCAGCAAAGCUCUGGGAGUUGAAGUCCACAAGUCUUAAAGUUGCCAAGGUUGGAGACCCCUGCUCUAGAUGAUUGAUUGAGGGGGCUUCAGGAGAUGAUAACCCCGAGGUAUCUGGAGCCCCAAUAGUCCUAGCUUUUAAAGUCAGGUUCCCUUUUCGGGGCACGAUGUUAACAGUAGAAAAACACUGGAUUAUAAUUUUUGGGGGAUCUGUUGUAGGGAGGGCUGGAGGAGUGACCAGAAGGAGAGGAGAGCGAGCUUUGGACCUCGAUGUCCAUUGUUCUGCGGCUGCUAAAAGGAGAGAAAUAAGCUUUAUUAUUAUUAUUAUUAUUUUGGGUGCUCCUGCAACUUCCCUUCCUUCUGUGUUUCGGUGAGCAGUAUUACAAACCAACAUGAAUCUGAA